GCCUUUAACAGACAUUACGGGGUCAAAGGUCUCUUUCCUUACCUAACACAUCUCCACAUACGCUCUGGAGAGGACGGGCGACGCUGUCAACGUCUCGACUGGAAUAUUAACAUCUUUUCCAGGUUAAUCUCAAGUUUAGUCUUGAGACGUUUAGGAGAAAGGCAGGUCUUUUGCAUGGUGAGAACUGCUGCAUAGAGAACAGCAUGGACAGCAAAGUGACACAGAUCUCCCGAGAAGAUCUGGAGGACCUGAGAGAGGCUUUCAACAAAAUCGAUAUUGAUAACAGUGGCUAUGUGAGCGAUUUUGAACUUCAGGAGCUCUUUCGAGAGGCCAGCUUUAACAUUCCUGGAUACAAGGUACGGGAGAUUGUGGAGAAGUUCAUGGAAGGGGACACCAACAAAGACGAGAAGAUCAGUUUUGAAGAGUUUGUUGCGAUUUACCAAGACAUGAGAAGCAAAGAGGUGAGAGAAACUUUCCGCAAGGUCAUCUCCAGGCGGGAUGGGAUUCGUUCGUUUGGAGGAACAUCGAAGAUCUCAAGUGAAGGAACUCAGCAUUCUUACUCAGAUGAAGAAAAAGUGGCCUUUGUGAACUGGAUCAAUAAGUCCUUGGCAGACGAUCCUGACUGCAAGCAUCUGAUCCCGAUGAACCCGGAGACUGACAGCUUAUUCAAAUCUGUGAAAGACGGAAUAUUGCUGUGCAAAAUGAUCAACCUCUCACAGGCAGACACCAUUGAUGAGCGGGUCAUCAACACCAAGAAGUGCACUCCGUUUACAAUGACCGAGAAUUUGGUGUUGGCUCUCAACUCUGCGUCAGCUAUUGGCUGCACGGUGGUCAACAUCGAUGCUCAGGACAUGAAAGCAGGAACCCCUCACCUCGUGCUUGGCCUCCUCUGGCAAAUCAUAAAAAUCGGCCUCUUCGCUGACAUUGAGAUCUCACGCAAUGAAGCUCUAAUUGCUUUGCUGGAUGAGUCAGAGGAUCUGGACCACCUGAUGUCAAUGUCCCCCGAGGACCUUUUGCUGCGAUGGGUCAACUAUCACCUCAAAGCUGCUGGCUGGGAACCAAUCAGAAACUUCAGUGACGACAUUAAGGACUCCAGGGCAUAUUUCCACCUGCUCAAUCAGAUCUCGCCUAAAGGAGACGUGGAUGACGAGAUGAGGAUUGACAUUGACAUGUCUGGUUUCAAUGAGCGUGAUGAUGAAAGGCGAGCAGAGCUGAUGCUGAAGCAGGCGGAUCGUCUGGACUGCAGACAGUUUGUCACUCCCAGUGAUGUGGUGGCAGGAAACCAGAAGCUCAACAUGGCCUUUGUAGCCAAUCUUUUCAACAUGUACCCGGCCUUGAACCGAGCCGCCAGUAAUGGCAUUGAUUAUACAAUUGAGGGGGAAACACGAGAGGACAGGACGUUCAGAAACUGGAUGAAUUCUCUGGGAGUUGCUCCACAUGUCAAUCACCUGUACAGUGAUCUGCAAGACGGUCUCAUCAUUCUUCAGCUGUAUGAGAGAAUCCAGGUUCCUGUUAACUGGACUCGAGUUAAUAGACCUCCCUAUCCUAUACUGGGAUCCAACAUGAAGAAGCUUGAGAAUUGUAAUUAUGCGGUCGCACUGGGCAAAAAGGAAGCAAAGUUUUCCUUAGUAGGAAUCGGUGGUGAGAAUAUCAAUGAAGGAAGCUCCAUGCACACCCUUGCGUUGGUCUGGCAGUUAAUGAGAAGGUACACACUGAAGGUUCUGUCUGACAUCGGUGAUGGGGAAAAAGUUAGCGAUCAAGUUAUCAUUGACUGGGUGAACAACACCUUGAAACAAGGCCAGAAAGACUCCUAUAUUAACAGCUUCAAGGAUAAAUCAAUCAGCACUAGCCUGCCAGUGAUUGAUCUGAUCGACACCAUCGUGCCCAAAACCAUCAAAUACGAGAUGGUGAAGACCGGAGAGCUGACGCCAGAGGACAGGCUAAACAAUGCAAAAUAUGCAAUCUCAGUGGCGCGAAAAAUCGGAGUCAGGGUGUAUGCCCUGCCCGAUGACCUUGUGGAGGUCAACCCCAAGAUGGUGAUGACGGUGUUUGCAUGCCUUAUGGGAAGAGGCUUGAAGAAAGCAGAUGGCUGACCUUCCUGAAGGACACUGUCAGAAAGCACAACCCUCACUUCGCACUUUUUCUUCUCCCGACUUUCCUCAUUCACCAAUCCUUUCAUGCAUUUGUUUUUUGAAACAUUUCUUCAUGAAUAUUUCGUCUUUGAUUAAUUGACCUCCUAUUAAUUACAUUUCACUGAUUGUUUCAUUUCUCCUAGCUAAUACGCUUCAUGUAGAUUAUUCAGAGAUGAUGUCAUUUUCUUAAAUGAACAGUUCAUCCAAAAAUGAAAAUGAUCAGAAAUGUACUCACCCACCAAAAUCUAGAUGAGUUUGUUUCUUCAUCAGAGCAGAUUUAGAGAAAUGUAGCAUUACAUCACUUUCUCACCAAUGGAACCUCUUUAGUGAAUGGGUGCCAUCAGAAUGAGAGUCCAAACAGCUGAUUUGGACUAUAAGUCGCACCUGAGUAUAAGUCGCAUCAGUCCAAAAAUACGUCAUGACAAGGAAAAAAACAUAUAUAAGUCGCACUGGACUAUAAGUCGCAUUUAUUUAGAACCAAGAACCAAGAGAAAACAUUACCGUCUACAGCCACAAGAGGGCGCUCUUUGUUUUCAGUGUAGACUACAGGAUCAGUGAGCAGCAUAGAGCGCCCUCUCGUGGCUGUAGACGGUAAUGUUUUCUCUUGGUUCAUUUCUCUUAGUUCAUUUCUCUUUGUUCAUGUCAAAUUAAUUUUGAUAAAUAAGUCGCACCUGACUAUAAGUCGCAGGACCGUCCAAACUAUGAAAAAAAAUUGCAACUUAUAGUCCGGAAAAUACAUUAAUCAUGCACGCGAAAAGCUGCAUACCUAUAGGAAACAAAUCCAUUUUUAAGAUGUUUUAAUCCAUAAUAUCUGGCCAAAAUACAUGUCCGUAAUCCAUAGUAACACUGUGAAAAAGUCCAUCUCCUGUUGUCUUCUCACAUCAAAAUCCUCUGACAUGUUUUUUUAGAACUGUUUUGGACUGCUUGUAAAUAGAUAUGUGCAUAUGUCUCUCCUGAUUCAGACGAGAUUACUUUUAAUAGUAGAGAUUUAGGGCUCAUGUUUUCAGUCUUGAUGGAUUUGUUUGCAGACUACUUACUUGUGGAUUAUUGUGAUGAUUUAUCCGCUGUUUAGACUCUCAUUCUGACGGCACCCAUUCACUUUAGAGGAUCUAUCGGUGAGCAAGUGAUGCAAUGCUACAUUUCUCCAAAUCUGUUCCGAUGAUGAAACAAACUCAUCUACUUCUGGGAAGGCCCGAGGGAGACGGAAUCGCAAGGAAAUUCUGAUUUCUGUGUGAACUGUUCCUUAAUAAUUGUGCAUAACUGUUUUGAUUCAUUCAUUGACUCGUUAAAGUGAUUCUUUCAGUUGAGCCAGAUUGUAAAUAGCUGGAUAUUUUUACAGUGCGUCAAUAAAGGUGUCCACCAGAAAUAUUUGAGCCAUGUA